UUCUUGUCGGGCCAGUUUCCGGUCCCGCCAUGAUGUUCAGAAGACAACGAGGAGCAAACUGAGAAAGACCGUCGAAAUGGAUUUAAAACAAACGAAAAUUAUACAAUUAGAAAGAGAGAUAAUUUACCGUCGUUUUGGAUAGGAAACCUAAGCUAACGGGUUAUUAAAAGUGUUUUAUUUCCAGUGGCCGUUUUCUAACUAGUUAGUGUAAAAUAAGGUUAUAUCUGCGGGGUAAAUGUUUUUGUUUUGACUGGUAGAUCUCCUUCUUCUUCAUCGUAGGUCACACAAGGAUCAACAUCGUUUCCUGCAAACUCCGAAAAGGAUCGUUUUUGAAGGACUUUUAUUUUAUUUGGACGUUUGAUUUCCCCCCCCACCCUCCCCCUUCUCUCUAGACGGAUUGAAGAAUAUUUUGGUUAUUUUUUAGGACUUUGCGCCGUUUUACGGGCCUCGUUAUGGACUCCUAACCGCGACCCCGGUGCCGCGCUGCUUUCCGCAGCUACAAGGCCCGUUGUUUCCGCGAGAGAAGAGAGAGACUCUUACUGACUGUAUUCAUAACCGUGGAAAAAAACAAAAAAAAAAACACACCCCGUAAUGGACACUUGUGGAACUGUACUUUUUUCUUGUUGUUUUACCGGACACUUAAAUUAACGGGUUAUUAAAGUCCCGGUCUGUCACUAACUAGUAGUUUGGUGUCUUUGACCCAAACAACUACAAGGACUAUCUGUGAAUACUUCCUCUUAGUUCAUUGCCUGUUUUUCCCUUCGAUAUUAUCUUUAUUAUAAUAAUAAUCUGGUAGCUUCCCUCCUCCUCCACCUUCAGUCUCAGAUCAUAUCUAAUGGUUAAUUGUUAUUUCUUAACUAACGUGUUGUUUUCCCCCCCUUCCUUUGUCUUUUGAGUUUAUAAAAAAGUGAUUUAGUUGUGAGAAUGUCGUGUGUUCAUUAUAAAUUCUCGUCCAAACUGGACUACAACACCGUGACCUUUGACGGGCUGCACAUCACCCUGGCCGAGCUGAAACGGCAGAUUAUGGGCAGAGAGCGCCUCAAAGCCACCGACUGCGACCUGCAGAUCACCAACGCACAGACCCGUGAAGAGUACACUGAUGAAGAGGUUCACAUCCCCAAACACUCAUCAGUGAUCGUCAGACGCACCCCCAUCGGAGGGGUCAAACCAGCGGGCAGAACGUUCAUUGUUGACCGUUCUGACAUGGCUGCUGGAUCCUCCAGACCCACCGACUCUUCACCGUCCGUCUCCCUGGCCCAGCUCUCUAAGACUGCCAACCUAGCGGAGGCCAAUGCAUCAGAGGAUGACAAGAUCAGAGCCAUGAUGUCCCAGUCCAACAGUGAAUAUGACCCCAUACAUUACUCUAAGAAGGCCAUAGGACCGCCUCCUGCACAUUACACCUGCUAUCGCUGUGGCAAGAAUGGACACUACAUCAAACACUGCCCCAUGCAGAUGGAUAAGAGCGUAGAGGCCCCUAAGCCAAUCAGGACCAGUAAGGGAAUCCCUCAGAGCUUUAUGGUGAAGGCUGAACCAGGAACUAAAGGAGCCAUGUUGACCAGCACUGGAGAAUAUGCUAUUCCUGCUAUAGACGCGGAGGCCUAUGCUCUGGGUAAGAAGGAGCGUCCCCCUUUCGUUCCUCGUGAAGCGUCGUCGUCUGAAGAUGAGGCUGAUCCAAUCCCUGAUGAGCUGCUCUGCCCCAUCUGUAACGACCUGAUGAAUGAUGCUGUGGUCAUACCCUGCUGUGGUAACUCCUACUGCGACGACUGUAUCAGGACCAGUCUGCUGGACUCAGAGGAACACACCUGUUUCACCUGCAAACAGUCUGACGUCUCACCUGACGCUCUCAUCGCUAACAAGUUCCUACGACAGGCAGUGAAUAACUUUAAGAAUGAGUCUGGUUACACCAAACCAGCACGAAACAAAACCCUGCAGCAGUCUGCCCCGCCCCCAGCACGGCCUCAGCCAUUCAGAACCCUCGGCUCACGCCAGCAGGACCCCUAUUGGCCAGCACUCGACAGCAGGACCCCCUAUUGGCCAGCACUCGACAGCAGGACCCCCUAUUGGCCAACACUCGACAGCAGGACCCCUAUUGGCCAACACUCGACAGCAGGACCCCUUAUUGGCCAGCACUCGACAGCAGGACCCCUAUUGGCCAGCACUCGACAGCAGGACCCCCUAUUGGCCAGCACUCGACAGCAGGACCCCUAUUGGCCAGCACUCGCCUGCAGGACCCCCUAUUGGACCCCUAUUGGCCAACGCCCUCGCCCCCCAGCCUCCCUCACUCCUCCUGUCACCCUGACACAAAGCCUGCCCAUUCAGACCCCACUGAUGGGACCGCCUGAGGUGUCAAUCUCUCCUGACCCCGCCCCUGAACCACACCGGGCGGAGCCACGGCACUUGGCCAAUCACAACGAGCCACCGCCGCCAGGUGAGAUGGAGGCGGGGCCUUACAUGGUGUCAGAGCCACCAAUCAGAUCAGCCGACAGCGGACCUCAGGGAUACCACAUGCCUAUGAUUGGUCACCCUCCACCCAUAAGGCCCUCCCACCCAUCAGGUCCACCUCCACAGCCCUCCCAUUCCCACAGAGGAGGACCCAGACCACCUUGGGACAGACCCUACAGACCUCUUUCUGACCACACACCCCCCACGCCACCCCCUUCCUUCCGCCCCCAGGCCCAGCCCCUCACCUCUACCCGGGCCCUAACCUCUACCACCCUCCCCCAACCCCCACUCCAUCCCGCCCCAGUCCUACCCCCUCCCUAUUCCACCGGACCCCUCCCCCUGUUAACUACCCCCUCAGCCCCUCUACCCACACGGCCAGAUGCCUCCGGGGUUAAUGCCCCCUGGGUUCCCCCUCCCAACACCCAGCCCCACUCGCUGGGCCCCCGCCCCUCCUACCCUCCGGACCCCCUCUCCAAGGAGGACUUCUACAGACAGAGGAGACUCCAACAGGAACA